UCGGCCCUGCCUUUACGCCUACAGCCAUCCUCGCUCAGUGGCGUCCGUCCAUUUCCUCCCUCCGGUAGCGCUAGUAAGACCAACCGUCAAACUCCCACAGACAUGGCUGACCAACUAACAGAAGAGCAGAUUGCUGAAUUCAAGGAGGCCUUCUCCCUGUUUGAUAAAGACGGAGACGGUACCAUCACCACCAAAGAGCUGGGCACCGUCAUGAGGUCACUAGGUCAAAACCCAACUGAGGCUGAACUCCAGGACAUGAUAAACGAGGUGGACGCUGAUGGCAACGGUACCAUUGACUUCCCCGAGUUCCUUACAAUGAUGGCAAGGAAGAUGAAAGACACGGACAGUGAGGAGGAGAUCAGGGAGGCGUUCAGAGUCUUCGAUAAGGACGGUAAUGGAUACAUUAGUGCUGCGGAGCUGCGUCAUGUGAUGACUAACCUCGGAGAGAAGCUGACGGAUGAGGAAGUAGACGAGAUGAUCAGAGAAGCAGACAUUGAUGGAGAUGGACAGGUCAACUAUGAAGAGUUUGUUCAGAUGAUGACUGCAAAAUGAACUGGGCUCACACUAAAGACAAAGAAUCAAUUUUCACUUACCUCUUAUUACAAAACUAUUCAUUUAAUCAUACUGUUCUGUAUAAACAAUUUAAACUGAAUGUUGGAAAACUGAAAAUCUGUCCAUAUAGACAAAUUUAAAAAAUGGUAAAAGACAAAAAGAAGAA